AUGUUAUGCAAAACAUGGGAAGUACUGUCACUGCCAAGCAAUACAAAAUGACCCGACAGGCAGAAAUGACCAGGCUUUAUGAUGGCUGUUUGCACUUCCUCUCUCCAGAGGAGAGAGGACGAGGGCUUUUCUGAAAACUAGCACAGAGAAAGGGGGACAGUGGUAAUUCACUGGAGGGAGAGUCACUUAAGAGACACUAUUUGGUGGGAAAUAGUUCAAGGGCUUUGUGGAGGACACAGACAAACAGGAAGGACAUGGUUUUCCAUUGCAAGAACCAGACUAACCAUACACAAUAGCAAUGUGUGUGGGCAUGCGUUGGACAUCACUCCUCACCAGGGUUGGGCAUGGAGGAGACGAUGGUUUGUUCUUCGAAGAGGACGUAUGAGUGGGAAUCCAGAUGUGUUGGAGUACUACCGAAACACAACCUCAAAGAAGCCCAUCCGCACCAUCGACCUGAGAGAGUGUGAGGUUCAGAUGCAGACGGAGCAACGCCUGGUCAAGAGGGAGUUCCAGAACCAGCACCUCUUCGUUAUCAAGACGUCGUCUCGCAUUUUCUACCUGGUGGCCAAGACUGAGGAGGAGAUGAACAGUUGGGUCAGCCAGAUCAGGGAAAUCUGUCACUUUGGACCUCUGAGUCUGGAUGAUGGGACAGAAUCUGAGGAAGUUUUCUCUCACACCCCAAACCCCCAGCAGGUUUCACCAGCUCUCUCCCGAAGUAUGUCAUUCAUUUCCAACCAUGACUUUGUGGCCAAUGGCAACAGCAGAGUGGAGAUGCCGAGCCAGAUGGAACCCAACCAUCCACUGGAUUACCUAUUCCUCUCACAGUGUGAGACAGGGAGGUUCAGCCUCUCUAGAUGCGACAGCUUUUCAAAUUCGGAGAGAUCUCUGGAACAAAAUUCAUCAGACACUACUACUGAAGAUGUCUUCUCUUCACCCCUCGGCACUGAUCCUUCUCCGUCUCCCUUUCCCCAUACUGGCCCAUUUCCGUCCCCCUUCCCUCACACUGGACCAUCUCAGUCUCCCUUUCCCCACAUUAGGACGCAUGACCCCCCUUUCAGCGCACCAUGUGGCCCCACGUCAACCUCAUCCUCUCCUCGAACACUCCAUCGUACACCAGAUGUCUUCCAGUUUGACAAGCCAUACUCUUCUGCCAUAUUGGAGGCAACUAGUGAUGGACUAACUCCCCCUCCUCUACCCCCCAAGCCUGUCCACCUCUCAGAGCACCUCAGAGAUGACGGCUCCCACGGGCCUCUGGCAGGAAUUAGGCAGCAGCUCACAGGCCAACCGGCACUCAUCCCCCGGAGGAUCUCUCUGUCAGGCCUGCCAGACCACUUCAGAAGAGGAGACAUUGAGGGGAGUGCAUUGAGGAGCAGGAACAAAAGGCUUAGUCUCAAUUUGCCACAUUUCAUUGCCACUCAAUGUCCAAACUGCCAUGAGGACUCUUACGUGUCCAUGGCCUCUCCGGGUGUCUGUGUUGGUGAAGAUGUAUCGGACGGCUACAUCCCUAUGAGCCCCACUCCAAUCAGCUUCCUCAAGGCUAAUGGCAAAACAGAGGCCCCUCUCGCUCCCACCCCCCUUCCCAUUGCAGAUCUACCUGGGGAUCUAGAACCACCUCCAAUCAACAGGGAUCUCAAACCACGCAGGAGAGCACGGCCUCCACCACUGGACCUGAGGGGUCUGUCCACUAUCAGAGAAUGUCCGACUCAUAUGCCUUUGAUCAGAACCAUGACAGAGCCAGGAAAUUCACUGCAAGGAACACUGGGAAUUAAAGGAGACCAAGAAGCCAGCAUUCCAGUAGAGUCAAGGCAACAGUUCUCCACUACAAACGAGGGCGCCUCCCAGCAGUGGCUUAGGAGAUCAAACCUUGACUACCUUUCACUGGAUUUCAAUUCCGCAUCCCCCUCUCCUGUGCAAAAGAAGCCCUUACUUACUGAUGAACACAGAGUGGACUAUGUGCAGGUGGAUGAGAAAAAGACUCAGGCCCUGCAGAACACUAAGAUGGAAUGGAAGGAUGUCCGGCAGUCUAAAGUGUAAAUCAGACGGAGAAAAAGUAAGAUGGGAUAAAACACAAAUACUUUCCAUUUCACAUAACAAGUGGAGCAAAUGCAACAUCACAUUAAAUAUAUGUCAUAACAGAUGGUAGCUUAUCUCAAAGAGAGCAAUUCUUCUUUCAUGUAGAAAAUAAAAGCACUUUGAAAUUGAUCAGAUAUAAACAUCUAUGAGAGAAGAAAGUAGACGGUGUUGUCAAAAAAGGUUUAAAUUACUGGUUUGUAGUUUGGGGCAUCAACAUUCACUGUACAAAUAUCACAUCAAAGUUACACUGUGAAUGUCACCUUACCAUGCACUGUGUCACAAUGCUGUUUUUGUAUCAAAUGUUAUGCAAUGAAAAGGACAUUGCUCAUUGCUCAUUAUUUUGCUGUAACAGAUUGUAUGGAUUCUUAAUACACAGGAAUUCAGGGAUUAUGUUUUUAUAUGAACAAUGGUCUGAGUUUGAGAUCAUCUUAAACCAAAUGAACACGUGUCUAAGUGUUAGCCAUGGAAUCCUAAAGACAAACAUGCAUUAAUGCUUCUGCCCAGCAUAUUGCAUUUGUUGUUGUUUUUUUAAGUUCUGAUAUGCCUUCGAUUGGCAGCCAGCAGGAAUAGAGCCAUGCAAUCUGUAGUCAUGCACAUAGGGAGUGAAUGGAGUAGUAUCUAUCAUUCAAAGAACUCAUACAGUAUCAACAGGAUGAAAACAGUACUGUGUUGUUACUGUUUAGCAGAAGGCAGAUUUAUGCAUGCGUGUAACAUACAUCCUUUGUCCCGACCUUGUCCACAUUCUUAUUGUGCCCACAUUUUCAGACAGGUGUAGAUGAUUGAAAGACGCAUUGUGAUCUGAUCUUCUUGACCACUUCUGGAGAUGGUCAAGGACCCACUGUGUUUGGAUAUCUUACAAGUGCAGACGGAUCUGGACAGUGAAAUCAUCAUUAUCCCAUCGUCUAAAACCAUUGACUUAUGGAAUUCAUUUUUUAAAUGUAUUUUACCUAGUAAGUUAACUGAGAACACAUUCUCAUUUACAGUAACAAUAGUUACAGGGGAGAAGAAUGAGACAAUUGGAAGCUUGGGAUGAUUGGGUGGCCAUGAUGGUAUGAUUUCCAGAUUGGGAAUUCAGCCAGGAAACCAGGGUUAACACUCCUACUCGUACAAUAAGUCCACAGGCUCUUUAUUGACCGGAGUCUCAGGACACCUUUUGAACAUCCCAUCCAAAAGACAGCACUCUACACAGGGCAAAGUCCCCAAUCACUGCCCUAGGAUAUAUUUUUAAGACCAGAGGAAAUUGUGCCUCCUACUGGCCCUCCAACACCAUAUGGUCUCCCAUCCAGGGACCAACCCUGCUUAGCUUCAGAGGUAAGCCAGCAGUGGGAUGCAGGGUGGUAUGCUGCCAGGAUCAAUAUGUCUUCAAAUAAAUCUUAUUGUGAAAGAAUGGCUGUCAAAUAGUUUGCAUACGGGGAGGGACCAGGAAAUCUGGUCACAAUGUGGACACUGUGAAUGGAUAUGAGACACAUUUUAAUACCAUGUGUAGACAUAUUUCAGAACAUGUGGGCACAAUAAGAAUGUGGACAAGAUCAGGAAAAAGGACGUAUGUUAGCGCCAGGUAUAAAUAAAGCCAGAUGGUACCGAUGACUCAAACCACAAUAUCCACACCAUCUUGAUAGGUCAAUCUACAGCAGAAAGCACAAAUCACUCAGUGUGCCUAUCCUAAACUUGGUGAGGGUGAAUAACUACCUUACAAUGAACGGUCGGCACACAAAUGUUGGGAAAGCCGCAGUCUUAACUAGAUGUUUCUACAGAUGGAAUUGAACCCAUUAUUUUAGCAUAAGCGGUACCAGCUUCAGGUUGUGUUUUGUUUUAAUGUAUGCUUUAACGUGUCCAUGUAAUGUAUGCAAAGAUGCACAUCUAAUAAUGUUUUCAUGCUUUAAUAAAUCACUUUUAC